AUGCAUGAAUGUUGCAGACAGAUGGACACAGAUGGCUUCAUAACAACCGAUGACGUGGACUACUUGGCUAUCUUGAACAAAGCUCUCAACAACAUCCGUUGCGCCAAUGACUUCAAUCGGGUCGCACGUAAACUGCAGGCAGUCUCGGCGUCCGCCGAUCGAAUCGUCGUGGAAUUUGUAGUGGAAGAGGAGCAUGUGAAUAGCAAGAAAACAUUACACGGUGGUCAGACAGCAGCUCUUGUGGAUAUGGUGACGGCUCGGGCAGUCGGUAUGAGCGUUAGAGAUCGAGCUAUGGUCUCCGUAGAGCUUGCCGUCAGGUACUUUUACUCUUACUUGCUGCCGGUGAAGCUUGGCGAGAAGAUCGUGGUGGAAGCAACGGUACUAAAAAUCGGUCGAAACAUAGCCUUUACAGAAGCGGAAUUUCGACGAAAGGACGACAGUCGAAUUGUGGCCAAAGGCAAGCAUACGAUAGCGUUCGUACCGAAACCGAUAACCAACGGCGAGCCCUUCGAGCAGUUUUAA